AUGGAAGGUCGCCCGCCGAAGAAGGCGAACCCGGACGCUUUGCGUCAUCCAAAUCCCGGCGCCAAAGCGCCCGGAGCAUCUGCCGGCUCGGCCACAGCGCCGAAGGGCCCACCAGUGCCCGUUGCAGCAGGCCGGGGUACAAUCCCUGUGAAGGCUGCGCCUCCCAACAUUCCGAAGGCAGCUGUGCAGCCCAAGCCUCCACCACCUGGACAUAGUCCAGAGGAGCGCUAUGCAGCCACUGCCAGGCCGAUCGACACCCGAUACGGGUCGGGCGCAGACCCGCAACCUCGGAGCAUAACACAUCCGAAGAUGGUGCUGCGCCAGAAUGUUGCAACUGCGAGGUUCCAUAAUGACAAGCCUACCGACCCACAUGGUCGAGACCUCGUACUUAUCUCCAAUUGCAUCCAUGGUCCAUGGUUGGAUACCCCUCGCCCAGGUACCGUGUAUAAUCCGGACCUGGUGUUGCAGCCCUUCUACGUCGGCUCGACGUCGCCGACGCUUAUUGUCGAUGUAUUCACGUGGGGCACUGCAAAGGACGAGUGGGUGACUAAGAUUUCGGAGGAGUGGACCGGUGAUGCUCUAUAUAGACAUCACGAGCAGAUGCUCACCUAUACGGUGACGACAGGCACCUCGAAGACGAGUUUUAUGUUAAUCUACGUCGAUAUGACGUGGCUUGAAGACUACGCCUGGGAGGCCAUGAGCCCGUCUGAAAAGCAGGCGGCGGAUGAGCAGCGUAUGAAGAACCGGAACCACGUAGGCAGUCACCCAGAUAUAUUGCUGGAGUAUGCCAACCACGAGAACUUUGUCGAGAACGCAAGGUACGUUCUUAACAAUAUCAAGGAUGCAAUUGAGGCCGGCAUCCAGCAGGAUACUUCCAUCAGCCUCACUCAUAUGUGUGCAGCGUACUCGUGGCCCUUUAUGGGCAGGCAGUCGUGCAAAGGCCAGUGCAUGUAUUGCCAGCAUAAGACCCUUGACAUAGUCAAUCAGGUAGCACACAUAUGUGAUGCAUUUGCGCAGGCCGUCUUUAGAGACGGGACCGUCCGGGAGAAUGCCACAUUGGUGGUAGAGCCCGAGACAGCUCGCCCGACAGGGGUGAAGACAUAUUCCGAGCUUUUCAACGAGCAGCAGAUCGCAGCCGGCAAUGUGCAGACCCCUAUAACGGGAGUCGGGCCACUCGAUCAGCCUCCGAGGCCAGGAGAGACUGCCACUCAGGCCGCCACACGCAUGGGAUUGGCAGGCAAGACCCACACAUCGUAUGUGGCGAAGUAUAACCCUGACAGCUUAACCGGUGCUAUGAAUCGCACCGCGAACGCGCCGAAAGGGGGGCCGGUGCUUUCUGUAACCUUCACUACCAACAUGGGUCCGCCUCCUGAGGUUAAGGCCAAGGCUAGUGGCAGCAAGGCACCGCCAGCUACAAAGGCUGAGGCAGCAAGGCCGCCCAUAGUGGCGAGUGAUCCUCCCGUGAAGGCUGCACCAUCCUCGUCUGCCACGGUGCGUGUUCUAGAAGCGCAGAUCAAAGAUCUGCAGGACGCCAACCAUAUGUUGGAGACCCAGACCGACGAUCUCCGCAACACUCUACAUGAGGUUCGCAGACAGCGUGACGAGGCGUGGGAUGAGCUCGACGAAACGCGUCGAAGAGCAGAGCGAGCUGAG